AAAAGAUGUCAAGCAAUUAAUAAUGAAACAGAAUUGAGUACAGAUGUUGAAGUUAUAACAAGUCAAAUUAAAAAACUUAAUAUAGAACAGCAAUACCAAAAAGCAAAUACAAACUACUUUACAGAAACAAGAAUAGAAGUUGAAAAAGAAAAGAUCAAUGAAAAUGUAUCAGUAAAACCAACAGAAACUGAACAAAUAGAAAAUCAUGCAGAUACGUACAUACAAAAUACAUCAUUGGCUUAG